UUUAGAGCACGUUUGUGGUUUCACUAAUCACUACAGGUGUAGACAAUUAACCUCUCCUUUAAUACGACCCAUGCAGGUGGAGAAUCGGUUGGCUGAAAAAACUUUUUACAAUAACAGAAAUGACUCAACAUAACGCAGCCAUUACACAGAGUCCUUUAAAUACGAAAACGGAUAAGAGGUACAUGGAUGUAUUUAAACGUAAAGAGCCGUUACAGUUCACGCCUAAGCGCCAGUACGUUUUGGCCGUCAUCUCACCUCUGCAAAAACACGACAGCUGGAAAACUGUCUUUGCAGAUGGUAGUUUUUCUGGAUCAUCUUCACCUGCUCAUUCAAACAGAUUAGAAGAAAUCACAUUUGAAAGCCCAAGGCAUAGAGGUGCAAGGCAGAGGAGGUUGACUUCUUCUCGGCCUUUUUCUUUUGGAAUCACAUUUGAAAGCCCAAGGAGUAGACGUGCAAGGCAGAGGAGUUUGACCCGUUUUCAGCCUUUCUCUUUUGAUGCGCGUGAUGCUGCACGGAAAGUCGAGCGUGAGAGGAGACUGCAAGAGAUGCGCCAGAUGCAAGAACUGCAAUGGUGUUCAACAUUUAAAGCCCAUCCAGUGAGAAGAUACAAACCUCUUAUUCAGCCCCCUGCACAUUCCAAGACUCCCGUCUAAAUAACAUUUAACAGAUUUAAGUUUUGUCUUGUCACUUUUUAAAUGUUUUAAUAAAAAAUAAACACCAUCUACUGACA